AGCCCCGCCCCCUGCGUGCCCAUCCGCCCUUCCGCACACCCGGAUCAGCUGCUGUUGUGAUGAGCUCAGCUGGGGGCCGGGCAUGGCGGAGGAUCUGGAGGAACAGCCCCAGGGCUGGCUCCGUGGCUGGCUCCCUGCCUGGCGCCCCACCUCCAUGUCCCACCUGAAGAACGUGGAGGCCCGGAUCCUGCAGUGCCUGCAGAGCCGGUUCGUGGGGCAGUACGUGACCCUGCCGGGCCGGGCGCACGUCUGGACCAUCUCGCUGUGCCCGGAGCAGGGCAAGGGGCGCACCCCCCUGGUGCUGGUGCACGGCUUCGGGGGCGGCGUGGGACUGUGGGUGCUCAACCUGGACCGGCUCGGGGCCCGGCGGCCCCUUCAUGCCUUCGACCUGCUGGGUUUCGGGCGCAGCUCCCGGCCCCCCUUCCCCCACGACGCCCAGGGCGCCGAGGCCGAGUUCGUGCGCUCCAUCGAGGACUGGCGCCGGCAGAUGGGCAUCGGUGCCAUGAUCCUGCUGGGGCACAGCCUGGGGGGCUUCCUGGCGGCCUCCUACAGCCUGGCGUACCCUGAGAGGGUGAAGCACCUCAUCCUGGUGGACCCCUGGGGCUUCCCCGUGCGCCCCACCGACCCCAGCCAGAUCCGACCCCCCCCCACCUGGGUGAAGGCCAUGGCGGCUGUCCUGGGGCGCUCCAACCCCCUGGCUGUGCUGAGGGUCGCUGGGCCCUGGGGCCCUGGCCUCGUCCAGCGCUUCCGUCCUGACUUCAAGCAGAAAUUUGCCGAGUUCUUUGAGGACGACACCAUCUCGGAGUACAUCUACCACUGCAACGCCCAGGCACCCAGUGGCGAGACGGCGUUCAAAGCGAUGACGCAGGCGCUGGGCUGGGCGCGCCGGCCCAUGCUGGAGCGGAUCCACCUGCUCCCGCGGGAACUGCCCAUCACCCUGAUCUACGGCGCCGAGUCCUGGAUCGACACCAGCACCGGGCGCCGCGUGCGGGACCUGCGACCUGGCAGCUACGUCCGGCACCUGGCCAUCGCUGGCGCCUCGCAUCACGUCUACGCUGACCAGCCUGCCGCCUUCAACGCGGCCGUGCAGGAGAUCUGCGACUCUGUGGACUGAUGGGCCGACCCCACCCCAACGUGGGGAUACAGACCCCCUCCCCAGCGGGGCUGGGCCACAGGCUACAUCCCCCUGUGCCUCCCCAGAGCCCCCCGCUCCCCAGCCACCUAGGCUCCUUCGCUGCCACUGAAGUCUCGGGGCUGCAAGUUGGGGGGAAGGGGGGACGCAUCAAGAUUGUGCUGAUUGAGGGUUUUAUUCCUCCGUCUCCUGGCUGAUUCAUUCCCCCCUUUCCCUUUGCUUCUCGCUCUCCUGGGCUAUCCCUGUCCCCUGUGGCGGGGGAGGACUGGUCCUUGAGAUGUCGGGGAGAAGUGGGGGGGCAGGGGCCUGGGACCCGGGGGCCUUUCCCCUCCACGGGUGCUAGAUGUGACCCGGCCCCAGGGCGGGGGACCGGCUCUCUGUGGAAGAGGGGCAAAUGGAGCCCCUCCCCCCCCAGCCAUCUGAAUCUCCCUCUGCUCUGUGACCCUCCUGAUGUGCCUUAGGCUGCUGCAGCCACCUCUGGGGCACGAGGCCCUGUGGUCGUGUGUGCGCGACGCACAGUUUUGAAUGCACAUGGCUGGCAAGCUGCCAGGGGUCCUUUGCCCCUGUUGUGUCCCCGUCAGCCCCGCAGCCUGUGCGGGACUGAACAGCACCGCCGGCUGCCCCUGCCCCUGUCCCAGCUCUGCCCUGGGCUUGGGUUGGGCGGGGAGAGGACACGAUACCGAAGCCCAAGGGAUCGUCCCACGCUGGGACUGGGCGCGUCCAUCUAACGGUGCCAUGUUCUCCCGUGGGCCACACCGCGGGGCUUUGUACGGGAACCGCCCCUUUGUACCAAGUUUCUAUCUUAAUAAACAAAACCACACUGCAAAA